GUCAGCCAGUGUUCACGCAGCCAGUGUGAAUGAGCCACAGCGACGCUGCUGCGAAGCGGGAAGACAACAAUCCUGGUGGAAAUCACCGUCCUGAGCUGCUGGACUGCUGCGGAGGGCUCAACAACGUCGAUUAUUCGAAGAUGGACUUGACCCUGAUAGAAGAACUCCUGCGACACAUCAAAUGUCAUGACUUCAGCUUCUGCGUCGCUGCCAUUGCCAUCAUUUUCAACCCUCUCUUCUGGAAUGUGGUGGCGAGAUGGGAGCAUCGUACACGGGGACUCUCCAGGAUCUUCGGUAGCCCUUACCUUGCCUGUUACUUCCUGGGCUUUGUCAUCAUUCUGCUCAACAUCUGUCGCAGCCACAGCAUAACCAUGGCGAUGAAGGCCCAGGACAGGUGGGAAUUGAUGGACAGGACAGACAUCUCCUAUAUUGGUGUAGUUUUCCUGGUAGUGGGCACUGUGCUGGUGGUCAGCAGCUUCCUGGCUCUGGGAUUCACUGGAACCUUUCUAGGUGACUACUUUGGCAUUCUGAUGGAUGAGAAGGUGACAGGCUUUCCAUUCAACAUCACUGAGAACCCCAUGUACUGGGGCAGCACUGCCAACUACCUCGGCCUGGCACUCAUGGGUGCCAGUCCUGUCGGUCUUGUCCUGACUGCUUUAGUAGCUGUGGCUUACAAGGUGGCGAUACAUUUCGAGGGACCAUUCACUGAACAGAUCUAUCAGGAGAGGAGUCAGCGCCGCAAACAUGAAUAACCGCCUCCCACCCAGACGCCUUCUUCUGCUGGUUUGGCUGAGGAUUCCCAUCCUGUCAUGAGGACAGACAGACUGAACAACACAGUGACUUCCCAAAAGCCUUGAUUAUUAAUCCACCCCCAGUGUGGAUGUGACCGCACCGUUCAUAAUGCAUCUUCAUGUUAAGCUAUUGUUUUUAUGUGACUUCAUCUGUGUGAGCUAAAUGAAGCAAUUGUUUCUAUUGCCAGACCACAUGGCAACAUAUAUUCUGUAAGGAUGUUCACUUAAAGGAAUAGUCUGAUAUGUUUUUUCAAUGUUUUGCAUAUAGUUAGAUGCAAACAGUGUUGAGUGUGAAGCUGGAGCCAGGAGGCAGCUAGUUUAGCUUAGCAUAUAUGCUAGAAGCAGGGAAAAGAGCUAACCUGGCUCUGUCUAAUUAAAAAAUACACCUACCAACACCUCAUACCUCACUAUUUAACAUGUUACAUGUCAUUUGUUAAGUCCAUACGCAAACAAAAAUGUAAAAUUACUAUUUUAAAGAGAGAAAUACACAAACAUGUCCCCUAAAGAGCAGUCUUUCCAGAUACAUCAAUGUUUACAGUGUUGGUACUUUGGUACUUGGUAAUUGGCUCUUGGUACCAAAAUUCCCAGUUUUUAUACUAGAAAGACUGACUUUGUAGGACACUCAUUUGAUUCAUCUAGCUUUGUGGAACUCCCCAAUUGCUGUAUGAAGGGAUCUCCUUGUGGCCAGUGUAGACAGGAGGAACAAUUACAGCGACCAAAAGCCAUUUCAAUGGGGACGUCAGUAUUGUAUUAAGAUCGACCUAUCCUGUUAUGUUAAUUAUCUGUGAUAUUACUAAUAUUGCAAUUUAAAUUUCCUUGUGUUCUUGUGUACCUUUCUAUCACUUUGUCAACAUGAAUACUACAGCAUUCUGAUCCAGGUUUUGUUAUUACUGAUGGUUCAAAUAGCUCCAUUUCAAGAUGUUUAUAGUUUUUCAAUGCCACCAGUUGUCAGUUCAAGUUUUGUUAAAAAAAAAAUCUCAAGGAAUUGGGAUCUUAAUUGUUUCUUAAUCUUUCUGGAAGUGUACUUCAAAGCACAUUUAAAAAAUAAGUUGAGGGUCAUGACCUAAAUCUGUUUUUUUAUUAUACAAAACCAACACAAAUUCAAGAUACAGAUUUCAACACUGCCAUUGGUAUUUCUAAAGAAUUAAAAUCAGUUUGAACUGUUUUAAUGUUACAAUAUCUGACAUACUGUACACUGUGUUCCAGUAAUCAUUAUAAUGUACCUAUGCAAACCAUUCCACAGUGAACAAUACGCACUGCCUGGUGAUGUACUGUUUGUCGUUUUGGAUGUAAUAAAAGAGUGAGU